AUCCAGUCCGCCGUCUACGGCGCUCCGAAGCAAGGCAGGGACGCGAAAGGAGGAGCCAGCCAGCAGCCCCCGGCCUGGGUGGGAGGGGACGCGGCGUCGAGGCCUCCGCCCGGGGCUUAAGGAGCGGCAGGGCAGGACGUAGCCGAGAGCCGGACCGGAGCCGUCGCCUGCUCUGCCUUCUGGGCGCCUCAGCCGGAGUCCGCAGCCGGCUCCUCCCCCCGCGCUUUGUUUCCCUUUCCUUUGAACUCCCGAGGCGCUCCCGGGCUCUCCCCCGCGUUCUUCUCCUUUCACUUUCCCAGGUCCCUCUCGCUCGCUCUCGCUCUCUUUCCGCCAUCCCUGCAAAGACACCCCUCCCCUCCUCUCUCUUUCCUUAACUUUCUCCCUCCGUUGCGCCCCUUCCUUCCUCGCCUCCCACUGUGCGCUCUUCCUUUCUCUUAACUCCUUCCUUCUCCUGCCCUGAUUUGCCCUGCUGAGACUCCCCCACACACACACACACCGCCCCACUCCGACCCCUUGCCUUUGCGGCCAGGCCAUCCACUCCUUCCGCCAUGCCCCACGGCGCUCUGCAGACGGAGCUGUACCCCUUCGAGAGGGUGGUGGUGCUGGUCUCGUGCGCCCUCUCCUUCCUAGGGUCUAGCCUCUUGGUGGGCACCCACGCGCUGUGGCCCGAGCUGCGGACGCGGCCCCGGCAGCUCCUGCUUUACCUCUCCUUGGCGGACCUCCUCUCGGCCGCCUCCUACUUCUACGGGGCCCUGAAGGACUUCGGCUCUUCCACGUGGGACUGCGUGGCCCAGGGCGCCGUGUCCACCUUCUCCAACACCAGCUCCUUCUUCUGGACGAUGGCCAUUGCGUUGUAUCUCUACAUCAGCAUCGUUCAGGGCUCGCCAUCGGGGUCCAGCCUCCUCUGCUUCUUCCACGUGGUGAGCUGGGGAGUUCCGCUUGGCAUCACCGUGUUGGCCGUGAUUCUGAAGAAGAUCGGUUACGACGCCUCCGAUGUCUCUGUGGGCUGGUGCUGGGUCGACAUCGAGGCGGAGGAUCGGAUCCUGUGGAUGCUCCUCGCAGGGAAGCUGUGGGAGAUCCUGGCCUACGUGACUCUCCCGGUCUUCUACAUCCUCAUAAAGAAGCACAUCAACCGAGCGCAUGCUGCGCUGUCAGAAUACCGCCCUAUCCUGUCAAGGACCCCGGCUUUACAACCAAGGACAUCCGUAGCGGAUAAGAAGCUGAUCCUGAUCCCAGUGAUAUUCAUCUUCCUCCGAAUCUGGAGCACCAUCCGGUUCGUCUUGACGCUGUGCAACUCCCCUGCAGUUCAAAACCCGCUGCUGGUGGUACUUCACGGCAUCGGUAACACAUUCCAAGGUGGUGCCAACUGCAUUAUGUUUGUCCUUUGCACGCGGGUCGUCCGGAACAAGCUGCUCUCCUCCCUGUGCUGCUGGAGAUCCAGUAGCCCGGAGCAUUCCCUGGCCAGCCCAGAGAGCUGCUCCCAGGGCCCUGAUUUGGCCACCAAGGACUGGGGGGAUACGCGAGAAGGCGACCGAGCGAGAGCGGAAUUCUCGAGCACCUGAGCCUCCAAGGAACGCCCCUGUUUCAAUGGAAGACAGGGCCUUGUCCGGUCAGGAUUUUAUCUGUAACAGAAAUGCCUCCAAGUGCCUACAGAGGGAGCUACUUGCCUGA